AUGAGUGUUGUAGUGACAACCAGAGUUGAUGUUGAUGGAGAAGAGUCUAGAGUGAAGCAAACGAAACCUAAAGAGACCUGCAGACAAACGUCAUCCCCUGAAACUGUCCUAAGCAAGGUGCAGUCCAAUGAGGAAGAGGAGAGGCUGAAUAGAGAACUGGAGCUAACUACCAAGGAGAGAAAUGAGCUGACAGAUCGCCUCCUUUAUGUGACAGGUGGAUCCAUGAACAAGAGCCCCUACUUCAGGCCAAAUCCAUUUUAUGAAAAAUUGAAGAUAAGGGAGAAAGAGGUCAUGUCAUUGCUGCACAACUUAGACAUAAAGAACACUGAACAUCGUGAGAAAUUUCAGGAGCUCAAGAAGGAGAUUAACUUCUAUAGGUCUCAGGAGCUGCAGGAGACAUGGAAUAGGACAGAUCCCAGGAAGACAGCCCCCUGAAGAAUGAGUUUCUCUCUCAGGAGUUCCCUGCUGACGACAAUCCUCAACAGUCAAAGACUUCUUGUGGGUGAAUAUUCUUCUAUUCAGUUAAUUUCCUCAACGUCUAGAAACUCUAAAUUCAUGUAUCCAUAUGCCGGCCUGUCUGAUUGAGGUCUUUCUCCUUUCUCAUACCGACAACACCAUUUGAGAGACAAAUGAGCGGACUGCCUUGACAUCUCGAGUCCUAGAGGAGAAACAGCACUACAACUGUGUUUCUAAAUGUUUAUUAAGAAAAUGCUGUUAAGAAAUAGUCUUGGGGCACAGGUCUUCCUGGUUGCUGCCGCUGCAGAGAGCCCGUGGGGAGCACCCCACGAGCGAACCUGAGCCUCGGGACCACAGGUAAGACCAAAUUUUCUGCUGCAAGAAAGCUGCCUGGUGAGCUUGGGACACAGGAAAGCAGAAUUUCUCUAGGACCAGGCACGUUCUGUGUUUACCGGAAGUCCCACACCCGCGGAUCCCGGCCCGCAGCAGCUCUCUGCUCCCAGACCCGGUGAGAGAGAGACCCAACCGCCUGGUCAGGUGGGCACUCCUGAGGCUGCAGAGCGGAAGAG